AUGUCUGAAGUCACCAAGACCCUCCAUCGAAAGAAUUACCCUGCUAUAGAUGCAGCAUCCCCUGAGCAGUCGCAAGCAGGGCGCAAGGUACUGAUCACCGGCGGAUCCGCAGUCAUCGGGCGCGCUGCGGCCGAUGCCUUCGUCACCGCAGGAGCUGACACGGUUGCCAUCACUUCUCGAUCAGCAGAAAAGGCGGCCAAUGUGGCCAAGGAGAUUGAAGAUGCAGGAAAUGGCAAGACCAAGGUAGUGGGAUAUGAGUACGAGAUCAACGAUGUCAACUCUGUGAAGGCACUGUGGGAUAGCCUGGAACGUGAUGGCAUCCAGAUUGAUGUACUGGUGCUCAACGCUACAGCUCUUGUGCCUGCUGCUCCGGAACCUGAGCAGUCCUUGGAAGGAUUCUUCAAAUUUUUCGAGUCUGCUGUCAGAAACCAGUCAAUCAACGUUGAUCGUUUCCAGAGACAAGGAAAAAAAGAGGGCAAGGUUCUCAUUUAUGUAUCAACCAAUGCGACCCAUUUUCAUGGACUUCCAAUGCAUUAUACUGCUGCCAGCUCUCCUCGUCUCGCGUUUAACCGAAUGCUCUCCGAUUUGGCAGUUAAUACGCCGGUUGAUCAGAUGCAAAUCCUAAGUAUUCAUCCUGGAUUUGUUCUCACACCAGAGAACAUGACUCAUGGCUACAAAGCCGAUAGUCUAGGAGUCCCAUUUGAUGACCCAUCCCUGCCAGGCAACUUCUUUGUCUGGGCUGCUACAAAGAAGGCUCAAUUUCUCCAUGGACGCUUUCUAUGGACGAACUGGGAUGUGGAAGAGCUGAUGGCGAUGAAAGACAAGUUUGAGGCUGAUCAGGGCUUUCUACGACCGGGUUUGCAAGGUGUGAAAUCUCAGGAUUUUCCUAUGCUUCUUGCAGGAAUGACUCGUUCUGUCUGA